GCCGAUGUGGCUGCUAUAUUUUUGAAAAAAAUGGUUUUCGAAAGUAUUGUUGCUGAUUUAUUAAAUCGAUUUUUGGGUGAUUUUGUGGAUAAUUUAGAUGCAUCGCAGUUGAACAUCGGAAUUUGGGGAGGUGAUGUGACAUUAACAAAUUUGGAGGUGAAGGAAACAGCCCUUGAUGAUUUUGAUUUACCAUUUAAGCUCAAAUUUGGAUAUUUGUCAACUCUGAUUCUUAAAAUUCCAUGGAAAAGCCUUUAUACAGAACCUGUUAUUGCUAAUGUUGAAGGUUUAUAUUUAAUAGUGGUGCCGAAUAAAGGUGUUGUUUAUAAUGAUGAGAAAGCAAAAAAAAAUGAACAAGAAUCGAAACAGAAAACAUUGUUGCGUUUAGAAGAAAACCGUAAAAAACAAAGAAGAGCUGCGGUUCCUAGUGUUCCAAUCAUCACUGAAAGUACUUCAUUUUCCACGUCUUCUCUAGUUCUUCUUUCAGUCUCUGAACCUGCAGAUGCGGCCGCUGAUUCAUUUACAGAAAAAAUGGUCGCACAAAUAAUUAAAAAUCUGCAAAUAAAAAUUCGAAGUAUUCAUAUUCGUUAUGAAGAUAAAUACACAAACCGUAAUCGACCUUUUGCGGCUGGAAUUACUUUAGAAGGACUCGAUUUUAAGACUACAGAUGCAAAUUGGAAGGAAACUAUACAUAAGGGUGUUGUUCAAAUCGUCUUUAAACUGAUAUCGCUUAACAAUCUCUCCAUCUAUUGGAAUUCUGAAUCAGAAUUAUUUUCGGAUUUAAAUGAUCGAGAAGAAAUUAAACAAGAAAUGUAUGUGGCUAUUGCUGCUGCUGAUAAACGGCCAGUGAAAUAUAAAUAUAUACUUGAACCGAUAACAAUGGAGACAAAACUUUCGAUGAAUCAAAAGCCAGAAGCUGAUGGAACAAACUGGAAAAUACCGAAAAUUGAUUUAAAGUUGAGCAUGGAAAUGUUGACUCUGAGCAUAGAUAAAUUACAAUAUCAAGACAUUUUGUUGUUUCUUGAGGGUCAAGAACGAUUCACUUUAGCUGCCCGAUAUUUGAAAUAUCGUCCAAAUUUAAAUGAAUAUCAUGGAUAUUAUAAAGAAUGGUGGUACUUUGCUUACAAAUCAAUUCUGGAAGAAAUGAUUCGACGAAAGAAGAAAAAUUGGUCAUGGGAACGAAUGAAAAAUCAUCGAAAACUACUUCGUGAUUAUAGAGAAGCAUGGUUAAGAAAGCAAACGGAAAAAAAUUUGGGUAGCAAUGAACAGAAAAUAAUCGAGAAGGCUGAAUAUGAACUGGACGUUUUCAAUAUAAAUAUUGCCCGUCAACAGGCAGAUAUGGAAAUUGACCGACGAGGGCUAACUCGUAAUGAAGAUCAACCACAAGGAUGGAUCAGUUGGGCGAAAAGCUGGUAUGUCUCUUUGCUUCCCUAUUCGUUUUUGAUGUGGAGUACUGACCAAAACAAUGCUGAAAGCAAGACUAUGUCUGGUGUUGAUAUUGUUUCACAGUUUGAAAAAGCAAUGACUCCUGAAGAAAAAGCAAAGUUAUUCGCAGCUAUUGAUUAUCAGGAAAAUACUCCACCAACCGAUUAUCCGAAGCAUUUUAUUGAAAAUGUUGUCAGUGUUGAAUUAAAGUCAUUAAUGAUUGUUGUUGCAAAUGCUCUCAGCAUGAAAUUCUCGACGAUCACUGCAAAUGUGCAACAAAGACCUUCAGCCAGAGCGAUUAAUAUUCGGUGCGGGAUCCAGUCAAUAGCUGUUAAUGGAUGUGGUCAACCAAUGCUUUCAAUGGUGGACGAUUCGUCAGAAUGGCUUAACAUGUUAAUCGACACAAAUCCCUAUAAUCGCGAUGAAGUUAACUAUGAUCAGUACAUAAAACUGGUUAUAGCUCCAACCUUACUGAAAUAUCAUGCUCCUGCUAUUAAUACAGCGAUUGAUGCGCUAAAGCCACCAGAAAGUGUCCGGUUGAACCAGCUAACAGCUGCAGCGAUGUCUCGCUAUGAAGAGGUAAAGACACAUUCAGUGACUGGUCUCGCACAUGCAGUCGAAGCAAAAGUCAAAUUAGUGCUUGAUAUACAUAUUGCACCAGCUACAAUUGUUAUAUCUGAAACGGGUAUCUUUGGUGAAGAUCUGUCAACAUUAGUCGUUGAUCUGGGUUUAUUAACUGUAAGGACGAUUGAAGAUUCGGCAAUGGCUGAAGGGGUUUUUUGA